UGAAAAUAUAUUGAUUUAAAUAUUUCAUUUCCUUAAAAAUUACCAUGUAUUUCUCCUAUUUGUAAAAUACCGAGUAACAAAAGGGCUGCGCAAUUCAUGAGGAGCAAGUGCCGAUCGGAACUAAUUCUACAGUCACUUGACUUGACUUGGAAAUUGAUAAUCACCUAAAGCAGGCAGUGCAAGUGUGCCGUGCGUGUCCCCUACUGUCCCUUCUCCAACAUUGAAAGAGUGGUAGACUGGCAGGUUCAGUUUGGGAAUUCUUUUCCUUUGGAAUUCUAAAUUCAAUCAAAUAAACAGCGAUCUGUCCAUUCGUCCACGUAUAAUUCGAUCAGGAUUAGACGUCUGUUUAACCUCAGCCGAGACUUGAACUGGUUUUCAAUCGUUUCGAAGCUAGACCCGUGGACCCCCUUAGAUCUUUUAGAGAUUGGUAUUCGGCGACAACGGGUAUCAAAACGGGGCGACUUUCUUAUCGGAAAUCAUCAAUCUGUCGUCAUCGAUCGUACAGGAAAGAGCCAGCACGAGCCUUCGUGAAGCCCUCGAACCCACACUUUUUUUUUCAAGCCCCCGAUCCGACGAGGGCCUUUCCCAUUUGGAUUUUGUUUGUAUAAUUCUUGGGAAUCUAGUCCCUUCCACUCCUUCCAAAAUGGCUUGGGAACUUACCCGGCGUCGCAUUGUUCGUGCGGUCAAUAGCAAAUUCAUAUUCGAUCGCAUCCCUCUUCUUCAUGCCGUCAUCUUCUUCAUCGAGAUGGUUAUCGUUGCGCGCUUGGUAUCGCGCUUCAACGCCUACUAUGAUGAGCGGCCAGUUCUUACCAUGAUGGUGACGAAUGCUGUCCUCGGAGGUAUUGCCGACACCGUAGCCCAGACCAUCACAUCAGUCCGAGAACGAGCGUUGCGAAAACCCGGCGGCGUCACCAAGGAUGACACCGUGGCAAUAGAGAUACAUGAGCUAGAUCGCAAAAACUCUUGGAGCGACCGAGACCUUAUCCCGGAAUCGAAAGACCUCCCUCCCCCCUUCGACUUCGAGCGACUAACGAGAUUUAUGGCGUAUGGUUUCGGGAUGGCCCCCCUACAGUACAAGUGGUUUAGUUUCCUCUCGCGAGCGUUCCCUAUCACGAAGACUAGCGCAUUCGGUCCCGCGAUGAAGAGAGUAGCUUUCGACCAACUUAUUUUUGCCCCGUUCGGUAUCGGGUGUUUCUUCACGGUCAUGACUGUCGCAGAAGGUGGUGGACGCAGGGCCGUUGCUCACAAGCUUAGGGAUAUGUACAUUCCGACUUUGAAAGCCAACUUUAUGGUGUGGCCUGCUGUUCAAAUCAUCAACUUCAGGUUGAUGCCCGUUCAGUUCCAGCUGCCGUUUGUUUCCACUAUCGGUAUUGCUUGGACAGCAUACCUAUCCCUUACAAAUGCCUCCGAAGAUGUUGAGCCGAAAACCGCACCAUACUCUCCUAACAUCCGUCUCCAGUAAACCACAUCAACCACCUAGUAUAGGACUGCUAGAGUUUUCCCCUGUUAUAUGGCGACUUUUAUCAAAAAUUGGACGGCAGGCGUUAGGGAUCAAAGAGCACAUCCUUGAUCGGGCAAUUAAGGUGGUCGAGGCGAUAUAGGAUGGCGCAUUGUUUUUAAUUUGAAUAUUCGGGAUCAGCAACUCAGCAUUGCCUUGUACCUAGAUGCGAGAAAUCAGAGGUAUUAUCCAUACGCGUAUUCUAACGCCCAACAUCAAUGGUGACACUUGGACUCCCCGAGCCUAUUGGAAGUCUUCCAUUGGGAUGCGUCACGAAGAGCUCUAGUGGAAGAACGUAUGUACGUAGGUGGGUGGUGCUUUAUUCGGGCUAUGGAUGCCAUUGGCCAAUUCAGUGGCCUCAAUACCUGUGUUGAAAACAAUAUUGAAAAAUUCAUCGCGGUAUUCGCCUUUAUAACUCAGCAGAAGCCGGGAUUGGGUGGAUCGGCUCAUGAUUAUCGCAUCACCUACAUGGGAUUUUCGUAGUUGACGGAGAAUUGCGGUUGGUGUAGUUGUCUCAGGGGACGGGAACCUCCUAUAGUACCCAUAGCAAGUCUGAAACGCGAAUGUAUCCAACCCGCUAAAUUGACUAGCGUAGUUAC